CAAUUAAAGUUUGAGAUUCCCAGACCAUCGGGACACGCCCCCUGCUCGACUGAGCUGUACGCGACCUAGUAGGGGGAGGUUCCCAGUCUGCCCACUACCCCGCCUUCAACCUGGGGGUUCGCGCACGCCUGGGCUCAGACAGGAAGAGGGCUCUCAGAACCGUUCCCGGCCAGCCCUGCAGCCACAUGGUCUCCUGACACCCACCAGAAACCCUUAGUUGGGACAAGAAACCAGAGAAGGUGGAGGUCCUAAGUCCCUCGCGCCUCCCACCAAAAUAGUCCGACCGGCCGCUGCCACUAGCUGGCCAGCAACCGCGUGUCUCCACCGCGCGGUGCUCACCCUCGGGAAGCCAGAUCUUUCUUUGCCCGGGCUGCACCAAGGGAGCCCACCCGCUCUCCGCACUAACCUGGCCGCCACACACUCGCCUGGCUCCGCUGCGCGCGGCUUCCGGGUGUGCGCGGAGACGCAGGGGCGGUGCCCCAGCCGGAGUCGCCGGGUCCGCCCGCGCGUCCCGCCUUCUCAGCCCAGGGCCUCUCCUUCCUGCCCCAGAUGUCCUCCGUGGCUAGUCCCCUGUCUCCGGGCAAAGCCCACCUAGUCCACUGAGCAGACCAGAUAGCAGCUCCUGGGCUCCCCGUACGGAGCACAAGCGUACAUCUGCCUCUCUGAGCCCGGGGACGCCCUCUUUCACUUUAGUCGCAGUCGCAGAGAGCGGCAGGCCCCUCCCCUCCAGCCGCACCAUGGGGGAGCCGGUUGGAAAGCUGCCAGAGGAAGUGCUGGCGCUCAUCUUCCGCGACCUGCCUCUCAGGGACCGUGCUGUAGCUGCCAGAGUCUGCAGGGCCUGGGCUGUGGCUGUCAACAACAGCGCUGUGUGGUCUAAUACAAGCAUCAGUUGUGACUGUGAGCUGGAAGACUUGUUGCCACCGUAUCUGUCCUCCUGCCUGGACCACAUUCGCAACCUAAGGCUGGAAUAUGAACCGUCAAAGAAGCCCAGCCGCAGAACGGCCACCGAGCUGCUGACUGCUCUGGCCAACCGAGCCCCAAGGCUUCUAGGCCUGCGCUUGGAAUGCCGUGGAGAGAAGCCGCUUUUUGAUGCGGGCCGGGACGUCUUGGGCGCUGUGCACGCCGUCUGCGGAGCUGCUCACCAACUGCGCCACCUCGACUUGCGCCACUUGCCCUACACGCUGGAAGACACUCUGGUGCUUAAGGCUGCUGGGAGCUGUCCCGAGCUCCGCAGUCUUUUCCUGGACAACUACGCGCUAGUGAACAGCGUGCAGCCCGCCUCUGUGUUUAAGCUAUUGGAGGCCUGCCCUCACCUGCGCGCCCUUGGACUGCACCUUGCCAGUAUGUCGCGCGCCGCGCUGGAAUUACUAGCCGCUCCGCAUCGCGCCCCCUUUGCACUUCUGGCACUGAGGUGCGCGUGCCCCGAAGAUGCUCGUGCUUCCCCUCUGCCUGAUGAAGCCUGGGCGACGCUGAGUUGCCGCCAUCCUGGGCUGGAGGUGGAACUGGAGCUGGAGCCUGUGCUUCCAGAUGAGGCCGUGACGCGCAUCCUGCAACCAGCAGUACCAGUGGCGGUGCUGCGUCUCAAUCUCUCGGGUGACACUGUAGGACCGGUGCGCUUCGCAGCGCGCCACUACGCCAAGACUUUGCGCGCCCUCGAGGUGCGCGCGUCCGCAUCCUCCGAGCUGCACACCGCGCUGGAGGAGCUGGCGGCGCGCUGCGCGGGCUUGAGAGAGAUACACUGCUUCUGCGUGGUGAGACCCUCGGUACUGGACGCCUUCCGCGCGCACUGUCCGCGCCUGCGCAGCUACACGCUCAAACUAAAGCGUGAGCCGCAUCCCUGGCAGCCCACACUGGUGCGGUGAUAGGGCAAUCUCGCCGCUCCAGGACCGCGCGAACCCGAAGCCUCGGAAAGGCCUAAGCAAGUAGCGCAGGCACUCCCCAGCCGCUAGCCUUUUCUUUAGGGGCUCCGUUUACUAUGGUGCUUCUUGGGAACCGGGGCCUAAGAGAACAUCCAGAAUCCCAGGCACCAUAAAUUCAGCGAGCCUUCUCAGCCUCUCUGUCUCAGUCCACUCUGGGCUCUCCUUCCCCUCUGUGCACUCUCAUUAGCUCCGAGGCCCAGAGCUGGGGGAAGGGCAGGCACAAGUAGGAGCCAAGAGUCAAGGGUGAGUGUAAAGUAAAUAAAUCCUUUAAUAUUCCUG